CAGGUUCUUGGGGGUUGCUGUCUAUGUCAACUCUGAUCGCCUCGUCCCCAUGGGGCCAGUCGGACUCCGUCUCGACUACUACUGAUGAUCUCAGCCUUCCGGAUCAUCCCUCCAAGUUAUCGGCUAGACCCUUUAGUAGGAAGAAUGGGGCUCUUUUAUAUACCACCAAAACUACUCAUUAUCAACGACAACAACAAGAACAACAAGAAAAGGAAGAUAACUCUAUAUCGAGUGGUAGGAUACUAUCCUCUUUUUCCAAACUCCUGGCUAGAAUGGUCCAUCAGAGUGAGGCAGCUACUGAGUAUUUUGGACCAGGACAGUUCACACGUUUUCACGCCGUUCGAGUCCCGGUCAUCUCUGUCGAGGCUUAUUUCAAACGUCUUAUCAGGAAGUUCGAUUGUUCUACAUCUAGCGUCAUUGUAGCCCUGAUUUACAUUGACAGAGUUCGUAUGGGUCGAAUAAAUGUGUUCAGAAUCAACUCAUAUAGUAUCCACAGGAUUCUCCUAUCAGCUCUUCUGGUGGCCACGAAGUUCUAUGAUGAUUGUUAUUACAGCAACGCGAAUUAUGCCAAGAUGGCAGGGAUCCGCUUGCAUGAGUUGAACUCUCUUGAAGCGGGCUUCCUUAGGCUUAUAAACUGGAGCCUGACUGUCACCCCCGAACAAUUCGAAGCGUAUAGAACCUUACUCGAGAUUCGAGAUUUGGACGCCGAAGUAUACUCUAACUUGGACACUUCAGGAGGUGAUAAGCAGUUGGUGUCGUCAGCCACGUUUCACCUCAGCCAUCUACUCUAACAACUGCGAUGGUAUCCCUUGUUGUCCUAUGCUUGCUACAUCUGAAGUGCUGAGUUCUUAUGAUGACGUCAUUUUGACGGAGAGUCUAUAAACCUCCGUCUGUCUUGAAAACCACUAAUGAAUGCUUUUUGUAUCGGUCACUUUGUCGAGACCGAAUCAUUGUUACUAUUGAGCUGAAUCGGUAGACUUAUUGCUAUGGUGAAUAUAUUCAUCACCACUGUAGAAUUGCCACUGUAUCCCGCAUUCUGUUCGUAUCGAGAUUUUCGCCAGGGAUGCCUGCCUGAAGCAAUUCUGGGCAACGUUUCUGUCGUUGAAACGGUGCCGGGUAUCCUUUCCACUGAGAUGGAUCGAUUCCCCGACUAACCAUAUGAUAAUCGUGGUGGGCAUGUUUUGAAAGCUUGUGGGGAAUAUUAGACUUUCCUCCAGUUGUCUUGAGGAGUAGGUCUUUCUUUUUGAUGAAGAACGAGAAGUUCUCAGCUGCACAGUUGACUAGUAAACCUGCGACAAGUAGACGGCUCUAGUCUUCAAGUGUCAUCACAUUGUACUAUUCUCGGUGGAAAUGAAGAAAAGUAUUGGUUUUUAUGGCGUUCUCGGGAUAUCAACCCCGAAAUGUCAAUAUAUUAUCAACUAGGUCGUUAUUGAGUUCUUUUUCUCUUAUCCGCGACUCAUUGUUUUUUUCAUUAAAGUUUUCAUACCUCUUCUCUCUCUAACUAUCGAAUUGCUGUCCCACUGUAUCCGUAUCAUUUCUGGGAUUGUAUCGGCAUCUGUGGUUUUCUCAUUGGCUCAUUCAUGCAGUAGUUGUCCUACGUUGCUGCCCGUAGAUAUUUGCUGUACGAGAAGAAAUUGUGACUUAUGUCAUUAGCCUGGAGAGCUCCUGAGGCACGAAGAAGGUUUUGUCAGAGCUGAGCUUGUGAGCAACGUUGAGAGCAGUAGCAGCCAAGGAGCGUAGAUGCACGAUUUGUCAUUGGUGGAAUUGUGCCUAUCACUGACGAUGAAAAAAGAUGAAGAAUUAUCUAAGAAAAUUGUUUAUUAUUUUAGGCUCUUUCGACCUAGUAUCUUUGAUGGUUUCAUUGCCAUUUUUUUCUGCCGUCAUUACUCAUUGAUGCACAAACAUGAUUUUGGUGUGCCACUGCUACCACUCCAUCACCAACUCUGACCAUCACUGUUACCAUUUCAAUACGUUUAAACGGUCCACUAUUACUACACACGUGGUUGCCACUACUGCGACAACAGCUGCUAUCGACUCCUAUAUAGUGUAAGGAGCGUCGCUUGUCGCUAGAAUGACCUUUUUCACACCAGCGCUGGUGGUUUGUUGUAAUUCUGAACUUUUCGCAACUUGCGACCGGCUUCAAGGAUGUAAUGGUUAUCCUAAUGAUGGUAGAAGCGGUUAGAGAGACGGUGGAAUCGUGGACACACUCCUUUUCGA